AUUUUGGGAAUAACGUACAAUUUAAAUAAAUGUUUUUAAUAAAUACAAAAACAAAUUUUGAAAAAAACUAGAACGAAAUAUCAGUCACAGUUAUUAGAGUAAGAGAGAGAGAGAGUGGUCGUGAGGAAGAGGAAGAAGAAGAAGGAGAAGAAGAAGAAGAAGAAGAAGAUGCCAAGCAGCAGGUUUUCGGGUACCCUUUCUGGGCCCAAGGUUGGUGUAUUCAUUGACAUGGGCAAUCCUUUUCUCAAUCUCACCGUUGACGGCUUCUUGAAGAUCGGAACUGUUGCGGCUACUAGAGCCGUUGCUGAGGAUGCGUAUCACAUCGUCAAGAAAGGAAGUGUGUCCAGACACAAUUUUGAACGUACGUUGAAGAAAAUGUGUAAAGAAGGCGCAUAUUGGGGAACUGUAGCCGGAGUGUAUGUUGGAAUGGAGUAUGGUAUGGAAAGAAUCCGUGGUACCAGAGAUUGGAAGAAUGCAAUGAUUGGGGGUGCUUUAACAGGAGCUAUUGUAUCUGCAGCAAGCAAUAACGACAGGGACAAAGUUCUGAUUGAUGCCAUUACAGGAGGUGCCGUUGCAACUGCUGCAGAAUUUCUCAAUUAUGUCACCUGAACAAACGGAACUGAUAUCUACAUCAACUCUUUGUAGAUUGUGAUGAACGAUGUACUUUGUUUCUUAUGGUGUUUUCUUGAAGUGCUAGUCAGAUUGUAUGAAUAACUGAAUGUGUUUUCUUUACUUAUUCAGUACCAAAAUUAUAUAUAUAUAUAUAUAUAUAUAUGCACUCUCUUGAUUUUGAAUAUCAUUUAAAUUAUUCAUUGGACUUUUAACA